AUGCUCCAAAACAUAAAUAAUCACAGAUCACAAGAGAAUUGUACUACUCCAAAAAAAAAUAAUGGGCAUUAUAAUUCAAAAAUAAAAUAUAAAGAUAUUUUAAAUGAUUUAAGUUUGCCAGAAGUAAAAAAGGCUGGCACAAUUUUGGAUGGCUGUAAAAUUUAUUUUAGUGGAUUUAAUUCAAGCGAAGAAGAAAAAUUAAGACGAAUUGUAAUUUCUACUGGUGGAAUUCGAUACACGGAGCUAAAUGAGUCUAUAACCCAUAUUUUGGUAGGUGAAUUUUCUGCAUCACUUGCAAAAUUAUUACACUCUAUUCAAGAAAAACCUCAUGUUGUGACUUUUAAUUGGUUACUUGAAAGUAUAAAUUUAAAAUGCGCUGCUCCAGAAGAACAGUUUCUAGCAAUGGAUUCAUCUCAUUCAUUUAUACCAGAAUCUCCAUCUCCUCUUAGCAAAAAGGGAUUGUAUAUGAUGAAGAAUUCUACACUCCCUCAGCCGAGAGUAGUAGAUAAACCUAAACUACAAAUUUCAAAUGUAACCAGUAAUCCGCCAAUGGAUAAUUUUAUCGAUCAAUAUUUGAAUGUUGAAAACACCAAUUUUAAUGAUAAUCUUAGGGGAAAAUCCUCUUGUACAUCACAAAAUACAAUGUCCACUCAAGAUAGUAAACUUGAAUCUGUAUUAGAAGGGUUAACUAUUCUUCUCCAUGGUUUGGAUGCUCAUCAAUUGCCAUCCAUAAAAAGUAAAAUAAUAUCAAUGGGUGGUGUGGCAGUUAAUACACGUAGUUAUCGAGGACAAAUUAAUUAUGUUGUUGUUCCAAUUGUAUUCAAUGAGAAAUCAUUAAGUAUAAAAGCCACCAUAGUUAGCUGUCUUUGGAUAGAAGACUGUUAUAAUAAUGUUGAACAAAUUCCUGUAGAAUAUUAUCAUAAACCUGUAAUAUUUAGUGGUUCUAUGCCUCUACAAAACUGUGUGAUUAGUAUCACCAAUUAUACGGGAUCUGAACGAUAUUUCUUAAAAGAAGUUUCACUACUUCUUGGAGCGAAUUUUCAAGAUGCAUUGUCAAGAAAAUCAAAACCAGAAGAUAACAUUAUGAUGACAACUCAUCUCAUUUGUUCUACUCCAGAAGGACCCAAAUAUGAAGCCUCAGUUAAAUGGGGAGUACCAGUUGUAUCUAAAGAAUGGCUACUUAAAUGUGUUCCAUGCAAAUUCCGUUUACCAGAAGAUAAAUUUCCAAUUGUUUCCAACGCUAAUAACUCUACAUUAACAAAUUCUACAGUUGCUUCAACUUCUAAAGUAAAAAAUGAUAGUCAUAAUAAUAGUUCUACAUCAUUUACUCAAAAAUUAACGAUACUUGCAAUGCAAGAAAAUAAUGUUGAUUCCGAAUUAGCAAUACCGCUUAAAGACACUGAGGAUGAUAUUGAACCACCACUAAAAAAGAAAUGUUCAAUGGAAAUCAUGAUUCCUACGUCUCAAGUAGGUUCACCUUCCAACAAAUAUACGCCAUCAAUAGCUCGUUUGAAAUCAAGUUGUUCUACGCCAGUUGCUUCCAAUAGUUUCAUAGAAAAUUUAAAAACCCCAGAGACUCCAUAUGGACAAAUAUUUUACAAUGAUCCUGUUACACCGGAAACAAAAAAGAAAUGGAAAAAAAGUAUAGAUAUUUUGCCAGAUGGUCUCGAUGAACAAUCGCAACCUAAAUUAAGGAGCCAAAAUAGUACUGAAACAAAUGAAAUAAGUUCAAUAAAUGCUAAUUCAAAUGAUAUAUUGAAAAGUCCAAGUUUGUCCUGCCGUUCUCCAGUUGUGGGUAACAGCAGCUUGCAUAACAUAUCGCAAAUAUCAAAAACUCAAAAUAAUAAAUCUAAUACUGUAUCGCCAAAUAUUGAUACUAAACAGCAAUCUUUAGAUAAACAAGAAUUUAAGAGAACAAUUGAACAACUCCAACAAAAUAUAUGUGCAUCAAGAGAACCAGAAAUUCCUCUUUCCAAAACAGAAUCUGAAAGUCAAGAUGAUUAUGCAAGAAAUUCUCUAUUGAACGAACCAGUUGUAGAAUCAUCAGAACAAUGUUCAGUUGGAUCUUCCCAUCCACCUGAACAACAAGAAAAACUUAGGUUAAAAAGACUAUCCGAAUGCAAUAAAAAGUUUAUAUUAACCAGCGUGAAUAUCAGUAAUCGCCAAAAAUAUGAAAAUGCUAUUGAAAAACUUGGUGCUCAAGUAUUGCGAAGUGCAAUGUUUUGUGAAGAUGUUACUCAUGUUCUUAUGCACCAACCAAGUAGAACUGAAAAAUAUUUAUGUUCACUUGCUUCUGGAAAAUGGAUAUUACAUCCAAGUUAUAUUGAUGAUUGUUUAGAGGAAAAUUGCUUUCUGCCGGAAGAUAAAUACGAAUGGGGAAAUCCUUUAUCCUACUUAUCCUUAUCAAAUCCAUUAGACGGAGCAGGUUAUCGAUGGCGUUCUAAAAUUUGUUCUAGUAAAACUGCAGCAUUCAGUGGUAUGAGAGCUGUAUUAAUGACUUCAGAAAAUAGAUACCAAGCUUUGACACGUCUCAUACGAGCUGGUGGUGGAAUGAUAUUGGAUAUAAAAGAACUAUUGCAGUCUACUCAUUGUAUCAUUGACCAAGGGUAUGGCAAUAUUCCUGUUCCUUUAAACGAAAUCGCUGUCAAGGGUAUAUUACUAUUACCAGCUCCGUUUCUUGCUGAUUUUCUCAUUAAAGAUCCAGCACCAGAUCCUUCAAAAUAUCUAAUACCUGAGUACCAAGCUUUCUAUAAUAGAUUAGCGCCCAAUAUGUACCGUUGUAAUUUUUUAUCUAUAUCAAUAUCAGCCAUACAUUAG